AUGUCUGAAGGUGACGGACAGGCCUCUUCCGGCCCAGAGCUGGGUGUCGAGAUGCCCCAAGUCGAGAUGAGACCAAGUCUUUCCCACGAGGAGUCCGCCGAAACAUCAAGGCUUCGCAAUCUUGACGCUUUAGUCCGAGACCAAGAUGAUCUUGAGCGAGAUAUUGGUCGGGAGGCCGACAAGAUGUUGUUGCAGCAGGCCACUCAGCGAGAUCAGCAAAGAUUGGACAAAGCUCGGGAUCAGAGAGAAAAGCUACAGGGCCAAGUCCGUAAAACUCAAGAAGAGAUAUCUCGCCCGAUUGGCACGACUCAAAGAUCAAAAUUGCGUCUUGACAUUGACCGCAUGCAAGGCCAGAUACAAGACCUUGAUAACGACAUUUCCGAGAUCGAGCAGCGCAUGGUCGAUAGAGAUACCAAUGCUGCUGCAAGAGAUGCCAACAACGCUUCCUCAUCUGGCAGGCUCCCAAAUGAGACUCAACGAGAUUUCUUGAUAAGAACAGGAAAGAUCACACCAUUCUCCAAAUUUGGUCUCUCUACUCACGGAGAGUCCUCUGCAACUUUGCAAGGGGCCUUAUUGGACGCCGAAGAAGAGCCUGAUUUGAGCGAAAGUGCUGCCGGCGUCAAGCAUGACCAAGCAAUGUCGCAUCGAAAUCUGAGGCAACCAGGCUUUGCUUCUGGUUUCGCUGAAUCCAGUCCUGACGAAGACUUUGAUUCCGAUAGACCGGCCAAGAGGCGUCGCGUUACGGUGAAAAAGACAAAGACUGUCAACAAAGGUGAUGACUCGUCGUACGAUGAGGGCGCCGUAACAGACGAGAUUGCGUCAGACCUCGACGAUGAUGAUGAAAUUGAAGAGGACGACGACUUGCCUACUACCACGGGAAAACAAAAGAGGUCUGGCCGAAAGACUACCGCGGAAAACGACGAUGACCUUGAAGACCUCCGUGGCGUGGACGAUGGCAAUGAAUCAGUGUAUCAGGCAAGAGUUCAACGAUGGGCGGAGCGGAGAUCUCGCGCGAGAAGGUCCAUGCGCGGUAAAUCGCUUGGAACGCAAGAUGAGGGACAGGAAUCCGAAGAAGAUAUAAAUGUCUCCUGGCAGGACGAGUCACAUCUUCCCCAUCCUGAGGUCGCCGAUACGGUAUUCGACAAUGGCUACAAGCUUCCGGGCGAUAUCUUUCCCAGUCUGUUUGACUACCAAAAGACCGGAGUCCAAUGGUUGCACGAGCUCUACACUCAACAAGUUGGUGGUAUUGUAGGUGACGAGAUGGGUCUUGGAAAGACGAUUCAGAUCAUUGCAUUCCUUGCGGGAUUGCAAUAUAGCCAGAAACUCGAUAAGCCUAUCAUUGUGGUUUGUCCUGCAACCGUGAUGAAGCAGUGGGUCAACGAAUUCCACCGCUGGUGGCCUCCUUUUCGAGUCACCAUACUGCACUCAUCAGGAAGCGGCAUGAUCAACCUGCGGAGUGAAAGCACCAAAGAAGACCAACUUCUUGAUACCAUGUGGGAUCCAAAUCAUAGAAAUCAACCACUCACACCCUCCCAGAAGGCUGCCAGAAAAGUGCUAAGCCCGAUACUGGAGCAUGGAGGAGUGCUUGUGACAACCUACACGGGGCUCCAAACUUAUGCUCCGUUGCUCAUUCCUGUCGACUGGCAAUAUGCGAUCUUAGACGAGGGGCAUAAAAUUCGAAAUCCAAACACAGCAAUCACUAUUUACUGCAAAGAGUUGCGAACGCCAAAUCGAAUUAUUCUGUCUGGGACGCCAAUGCAAAACAAUCUCGUUGAGCUCUGGUCACUGUUUGACUUCGUCUUUCCCAUGCGUCUCGGCACACUGGUCAAUUUCAGAAAUCAAUUUGAGAUACCAAUUCGCCAAGGUGGCUAUGCAAAUGCCUCGAAUUUGCAGGUGCAGACGGCGUUCAAAUGUGCUGAAACUCUCAAAGAUGCCAUCAGCCCAUACCUCUUACAGCGAUUCAAAGUGGAUGUCGCGUCAGACCUUCCCAAAAAGAGCGAGCAAGUGCUGUUCUGUAAAUUGUCCAAAUUGCAGCGCGCCGAGUAUAAUCACUUCAUCUCCUCUGGUGAAUUGGAUGCUAUAAUGAAUGGUAAACGCCAAGUUCUUUAUGGAGUUGAUAUCCUUCGCAAGAUCUGUAACCACCCAGAUCUCACGCAACAUAAGCGUCUGUCUAUCAAGCCAGGCUAUAACUAUGGCGAUCCUGCCAAGUCUGGGAAGAUGCAAGUUGUGGGAUCUUUGUUGGAACUGUGGAAGGAUACAGGACAUAAAACACUUCUAUUUGCCCAGCACCGGAUCAUGCUUGAUAUAUUGGAGAAGUAUGUCAAAUCCCUCUCUGGAUUCAAAUACCGGAGAAUGGACGGAAACACUCCGAUUCAAGCUAGGCAGACUAUGGUGGACGAAUUCAACACCAACCCAGACCUACACGUCUUCCUUCUGACCACGAAGGUUGGUGGUCUGGGAAUAAACCUGACAGGUGCCGACAGGGUCAUCAUCUAUGACCCCGAUUGGAAUCCAUCCACCGAUCUGCAGGCUCGUGAAAGAGCAUGGCGUCUUGGCCAAAAGCGAGAGGUUACAAUUUAUCGCCUCAUGACUGCUGGUACGAUCGAGGAGAAGAUUUAUCAUCGCCAAAUCUUCAAGCAAUUCUUGACGAACAAAAUCCUCAAGGAUCCCAAACAACGCCAGACAUUUCAUCUGAAUGAUCUCCAUGACCUUUUCAGUCUUACCAAUGAGGGUGACCCGACAGAGACAAGCACUCUUUUCAAAGAUGCCCAGGUGAGCUAUCCUGCGGCAGGACCCAACGACAGUACUCAUUCCGCUAAAGUCGGCCCUGAGACGGGCUCUACAGCAGCACCCCAAAAUGACGUGGACAUCAAGGCGUUGCCUGGGAUCUCAGCGAUGGAGCAGUAUGCUGGUGAGGCUGAAGAGGAGAAACGCGCAAAUGAAGAUGGCGCGACAAACUCCGAAACAAGAAUGAUGGAGGGUAUAUUUGCUCGUUCAGGAAUCCAUUCUGCCGUUGAGCACGAUGCCAUUAUUGAGGGGAAGAGUGCCAAAAAAGUAGCAGCAGAUCCGGUGUUGAUUGAAAGAGAAGCAAAGAGAGUAGCAGCAGAGGCCGCUAAGGAGCUGAGGCGAGCAGGAGAGGUCGCUCGAACUGUUCCUAUAGGAACACCAACCUGGACAGGACAAGUUGGAGUGUCAGGGCGACCGCAAGAGACCACUGCCCAACGCGCUUUUAGCUCGAACUCUCGAAAUCGAGGUGGUGGCCUUCAAUCAUCGAGUCUGUUGGCAAACUUGCAGCAACGCCAGGCAAAUGGUUCACUCAGCCGUGAUACGACGCCCAGAAAUUCGAGCCCUGCACGCUCUUCCGGGUCAGCAUCGGCGUCUAGGUCAGGAACUCCAAGCUUGCCGCAAGGAAAGGACUUUGGCAAGCUCAUCAGAGAUUAUCUGGUGGCCCAUGGAGGUGCUGUGCACACACAGAUGUUGAUUGACCAUUUCAAUCGUUUCUGUACAACACCACAAGCCACGAUGGAAUUCAAAGAAACUCUGAAGCUUCUUGCCAAGUUGGACAAAGGCAGUCGAGGUCGAGGUCGAUGGGUGCUGAAGGACGAAUACAAGCGAUAG